CCUCAGCUAAGGAGCAAGGCUGAGACUACUAACCCACAAUCCACUUCGAUAGCAAAGUUUGGCUCCCGUCCCCCGUGUCUCGGCAGCAAUCCAAUCCAAAGCGCUUUCUGUAGUGAUUGACAAGCCACCUUCUCCAGUAAACACAAGAGAAAAGUCAAUACAUGCCCGCCCACCGAGACGGACUACGGCACUUUCCAAUGGAAAGGCGGAACCUUAGAGUGGCAGUUCUUCAGACCAAUUAAAGACGAGAAAGGUGGACGAAGGCUCAGCCCCCCGGGGGCUUCAGGGGAGGGGGAAGACGAAGCUUGAAAGACUUGGUAAUGGCGACGGGUUUGUCGGAGCACCAUAACAUGGUGUGGGAAGUGAAGACAAAUCAGAUGCCUAAUGCAGUACAGAAACUCCUGCUGGUGAUGGACAAGAGAGCACCAGGGAUGAGUGACUCGCUGGAGUUGCUGCAGUGUAAUGAGAAUUUGCCAUCCUCUCCAGGAUACAACUCCUGUGAUGAGCACAUGGAGCUUGAUGACCUUCCUGAACUUCAGGCUGUUCAAAGUGACCCUACCCAAUCUGCCAUAUACCAGCUAAGUUCAGAUGUAUCUCAUCAAGAAUAUCCAAGAUCAUCUUGGAGCCAGAAUACCUCAGAUAUACCGGAAAAUACUCACCGUGAAGAUGAGGUGGACUGGCUAACAGAGUUAGCAAAUAUUGCCACUAGUCCACAAAGUCCCCUGAUGCAGUGCUCAUUUUAUAACAGAUCAUCUCCUGUACACAUCAUAGCUACUAGCAAAAGUUUACAUUCCUAUGCACGCCCACCACCAGUGUCCUCUUCUUCAAAAAGUGGGCCAGCCUUCCCUCAUGACCACUGGAAGGAAGAAACACCAGUAAGACAUGAAAGGGCAAACAGUGAGUCAGAGUCAGGCAUUUUCUGUAUGUCCUCCCUGUCAGAUGAUGAUGAUCUGGGCUGGUGCAAUUCCUGGCCAUCCACCAUUUGGCACUGCUUUCUGAAAGGCACGCGGCUGUGCUUCCAUAAGGAAAGCAAUAAGGAAUGGCAAGAUGUGGAAGACUUUGCUAGAGCCGCCAGCUGUGAUAAUGAGGAAGAGAUCCAAAUGGGCACUCACAAGGGCUAUGGGUCUGAUGGUCUAAAGUUGUUAUCCCAUGAAGAGAGUGUGUCAUUCGGUGAGUCUGUACUGAAGUUGACAUUUGAUCCUGGUACAGUAGAAGAUGGCUUGCUCACUGUAGAGUGCAAGCUGGACCACCCUUUCUAUGUUAAAAAUAAAGGUUGGUCGUCAUUUUAUCCAAGCUUGACUGUGGUACAGCAUGGCAUUCCAUGUUGUGAAAUUCAUAUUGGUGACGUAUGUCUACCUCCUGGACACCCUGAUGCCAUUAAUUUCGAUGAUUCAGGUGUUUUUGAUACAUUUAAAAGCUAUGACUUCACACCUAUGGACUCUUCUGCGGUCUAUGUUUUGAGUAGUAUGGCUCGUCAGCGCCGUGCAUCUCUGUCUUGUGGAGGAGGACCUGGUACUGGUCAAGAGUUUUCGGGAUCUGAAUUCAGUAAAAGCUGUGGUUCACCUGGAUCAUCACAGCUCUCUUCUAGUUCUUUGUAUGCUAAAGCUGUCAAAAGCCACAGCUCAGGGACUGUGAGUGCCACUUCUCCUAAUAAGUGCAAAAGACCAAUGAAUGCCUUCAUGCUUUUUGCCAAAAAAUACAGAGUUGAAUAUACUCAGAUGUAUCCAGGGAAAGAUAACAGAGCCAUAAGUGUGAUCCUUGGUGACAGGUGGAAAAAAAUGAAGAACGAAGAAAGGAGGAUGUACACAUUAGAAGCAAAGGCUUUGGCUGAAGAACAAAAGCGUUUAAAUCCUGACUGUUGGAAAAGGAAAAGAACCAACUCAGUAAGUGUUAGUAGUAACAGAAGUCCUGAUCUGAUGCUCUGUGUGUUCUUGUGCCAUGAUGGCAGGCAGAGUCUUAAAGAUCCCUCACCAUUAUUAUACUUCAAACCUAAUACUGGAGUCUGCCUUUUCUAUCAAGAACCACUUGAGUAGUACAGCAAGCAGAUUUUCUCAAGCUAGCUGAAGAAUGCCCCAAGUGCUGAGGAAGUUUUAGAGUAUACUACUAGUAGUCUGGUUAAAAGAUGGACAUCAUUAACUCAUUACAGUAGAAGAUCUUUAGUUUUUGGUAACAUCCUUGCAGGCUUCUGCUAUAGGCAGAAACUAGGAGACACAGGAAGGAUGAGAAAGAAGUUUCACAAUGCUGUCUUUGGCUGGUAGACGCCAUUCUUAUAACUGUUCUUUACUUGAAUAGCAUCCUUUAUGUUUACAUUUUAGAUUAUUUAGCACAAAAUACAUAGGAUAGACUAGAAUAAACUUAUGUAUUAUUUUUUUAAAAUGAAGAUUAUUGGAACGGUAAUCAGAAAGAAGGCUUAUUAAGGGUGUUUAGCCAAUCCUAUAUAAUUUGUAGGUUAAAUGGCUCAGGGAUUUAUUUUAAAGUAGGGUCAGCCACCAGAUGAACUGUAGUGUAGAGAUUUGUUCUGUGUUUUUUGGUGUAUAUGUGUGUGAGUCGAGGUUUCAUAAGUAGCCCAGGCUGGCCUCAAACUUGCUUUUGUCUCCAAGGAUGACCUUCACCUUCUGAUGCUUCCGCCUCCAACCCUUGCGGUCCUUUCAGGGAUUACAGCUAUGCAAUACAAGCUCAGGUUCUGUGUAUGUGUACAUUCAAGUCACAGAACAAACUCAAGUGUUGGUCUUGCCGCCUUUUAUUUAGUGCAGGGGUUUGAACCCAAGGUUCUGUGCUUAAAGGCAAAGUAUAUCUAUGGAACCACACAGCCAUUCCCUACAAAUUCUCUAAUGUCUGGAACUUCAUUUGGGACAUUAGCACUUUUCUGUGCAUGCUGGUCUCACAUUUGUUUAAAUUUUCCAGAUACUUAAGCUAUGAGCCAUUAGGAAACUGAGAACCAAUUAUUUUGUUUCCACAGGGCUCUCAACAGCAUUAAACCUGAUGCUUGUGUUUGUAAGUCUGCAUCUGCAUAAGUACUGACUCUGGAUGGAAAAGCUUGGAAGACCUUGGUCUCACCAUUUGUCUACAUUUGUGUGACCAUAAAAUGCUGGGAGCAUUGAGUUUUGUAAUGAUUUAAUGGGUGAGGAUUGCUUUCUCCAUUAGAGCAUUAAGCUAUAACUAUCAACAUUGUAAACCAAAUUGCCUUAUUUUCCUUCCAAACUUCAUAUAUCUAUCAGGUAAUAUAGGCUUGAAAAUUGAUAUCCUGUGGUGCUAAAGUACAGUAGAAAGAUGUGUAUACGUUUUAUUUUAAAUUGUACGAAGGGGAAUUUAAAAAUACGUAACUGCUGUUUAUACAUCAGCUCCUUACUGCUUAUUAAUCUGUAUUGUACCCACGAUAUCAGGAGUGAAGCAGACGCUGGCCUUUCCAUGAAUAGCCACCACAUGGCCCAGCAUCUCUGCCAAACACAGUUGCUUCUAGUCUGGCCAGUGCCAAGAGACAACAUAACAUGGCAGGUGGAUGGUGUCGGUGUCAUUGUCUCAGCUCAAAGAGCCACCUGCUUCAGAUACCAUGGGCAUGUGCUGAGUGGAUGCACCAGGGGGCAGCACAGCUCCAUGAUUCCCAGUGGGGCCCAAGCCAGGCCAAGGUGCAGUCAGUUAAUAGCAUUGGGACAGUCAUUGUAAUGGUGCUGUUACCAGUCGACACCAUUGUGUUUGACCGCGUUCCUGUCUCCUCAGCCACAUACCCUCAUCUGUGCUGUCAGUGUGUCUCUGGUGGGGCAGACUUUGCACUUACUGCAGUGCACCACUUGCACUUUACUCCCUCCGGCUUCUGAGACAGAGCAAGUACUUCAGCAGUCCUGCUGCUCUUGCUCUGAGCUACAAUCAUGGCUUCUCAUGUUACUUACCAAGUGAGAGUUUUGGUUAGUAAUCACAGCUGUAAAAUUGAUUUACACUUGUUAAACAUAUUGCCCCUCAAUUUUGCACACUAUAUUCUUGUAUAUUAUUUCAAAUAAAAGGAAAAAAAAGGUCUGUC